AUGGCGCAGAGCAAAAGUACCUUUUUCGUGACAGAAACAGUAACCUCAUACCGACCGCAAACCUUUGACAAUGUUGUCACGUCGUUUAUCCCUCUCCCCUCAGCAUUCACCCCAGACCCGCACUGCUAUACCGAUGGCUUCCACAACAACAUCGCUGAGCAAUUCGACUAUGUGUUAGUCGCGUUUGACCCAAGCUAUGAGUAUUACGCCGGAUCCAGCUCCAUUGCAUGUGUCCCUCCAGAGGUCAGUGAUUGGUAUCUCCAUCGAACGGUGCAAACGGAUACAACGGCCACGGUACAAACAACAACUAGUCUCCCUACAGUGAGAAGCUUGAUGCCUGUUACUUGUCCGGAUGGGUGGUACACGGCAGGAACAUCGACUGCAAGGCCGACGAUUAUGCAGGUGACGUGUUGUCCAAGUGGCUACUCAGUAGAUCCUUCACAAGAUCACAACAUCGAAGCAAAUUGCGAUUCGACUUUGGAUCCGGAGCAAUCAAUCUGGUAUCUUCCCACCACGGGUGAAGAGAUGUUGCAGACAGCAUUCACGGACACCGUACAUGUUGUUGCUGUUGCAGUGAAAGGCUAUAUGCCUCUGACAACGACGACAUCAGCACCAUUUUCGGGGACUUCGACGGUAGCACCGGCAUCAUCCCUGUUCACCACGACAUCGACGGCAGUACCGACAUCGUUGCCGUCUUACUUACCAUCCACGCCGACCAAAUCAAACACUCCCGACUCCCAAACAUCUUCCUCUUCAUCAUCGCAUACAUCCGGGGGAACUAUUGCCGGUUCGGUGAUAGGAAGCCUUGCUGCGGUAGGAUUGAUCGGGCUCGGUGCUUUUAUGUUUUUCCGGCGGCGAAAAACGAGGCAAACUAAAGAGAACGACAACAGUGCAAAGAACGAGGAGCCCAUACCGCCUUCUACCCCCACUCUGUACGAUUAUUCUGUGGUUUCCCAAAGUGAACCGGGAGAUAGAUCGACCAUUCUGUCGGAGAUGCCCACGUUGAGCAACACGCCCGAGUUGUUUUCGGAACAUGACCCAACCAGUCCGAGAACGAAGACCGAAUCGUAUGAGCUGGAAUGA